CACCCCUGCACCACCAGAGCGACCGCUCAAGCAUUCGUUUUCGCCCAAUACCCUAACCAACCACUUCAGAUUAAUAUUUGACCCUUCUGACUCGCAAAGCACCUCACCCAACCGCAAUCAGACGUACGCUUAGCUCUUCCCUUGCUACAGCCUCCGCUUUCUUUUAGCUGGAAAUCGAAUCCAUCCCUUCAAGCCAUAAGAGCAUCUCCUGGAGUGUUGUCUCAUACUUUUCACGGAAUUCGCUCUCCUAACCUCGCUGGCGUUCUCAGACCUCUCCGUUUUCUGUGUAGGAAGCACUGGAAUAUUCUGGAUGAAGAGUGUUAUGAAAAUCUCGCGUUUCCAGUGAAUGCUUAGGAAGCCUCAGGACCGUUAUCUUAGGGACACUUCAUCAUCCACUGUCUCCAUGUUUCGUCGCGACAAGAGCUUAGGCCUGCCAGGCUUCGGCGGAGACGACGAGGAGUACAACAGCUUAAAGCAGAAGCUCGUGUCCCCGUCCGGGAAGAGCCAGUGUUUGCCGCCGUCGUCAGUGUCAGCGAGUUCGUCUACGAAGGGCCAAGACGCUACGAAGGCUCAAGCUGCUUCACCAGCAGGUGCUGCGACUGUGACAAAGCCGGAUGCUCCCCUGGGAAAUGCAGGAACCGCGGCCAUGGUUGCAUCGACCAACAGACCUGUUAGUCCUAUCGUCCGUCCUGCCACUCCCGGCGCGAUAACUGCUCCUCCAGAGGCUUCGCCUGCGGCCGAUGCGGCCAGUAAAGUGACUGGAAGCAUUGAAGGAAACGCUGGUAACGAGUCCCUCAGUAACGAGUCCGUCCAGGCGGGAAGCAGCAGGGCAGACGAGAUGGGGAAUAGCGAGGCGAGUCUAAAUGCAGGGCAAGUAGGCCUCCCCAAGAAAGUUUCAUUUGCGCGUGAGCCCUCAGAGGAAACAGCUGAGGGCGUUUCUAAGGCAGCUGGCGGCCUUGCUGAUGGUGACGGUGGUGAUAUGUCCGAGCCGGGUGGAUCUUCACUGCCACCCGUCGGAUCCGGACCAUCUGCUGCAUCUCAGCCGUCCGUUGCAUCUUCGCCACCAGCAGGGAACCCCAUAGAGGCAGCUAUCGCGUUGACCUCGGAUUGGCUGACUCGACAGGGGAUUGGAGCACGCACAGCCGCUGCUUUUGACUAUGCGAUCAAUCACAUGGGACCAGCAGCACAGCAAGCGGUGCAGGGCGGGCGGCAGCUGUGGGCGGCACACGGGCGGCAGGCGGCAGGGGAGAUGCUCAAGUGGCCGAUGCUGGCGCACGUGUGCAUUGGAGUGGGGCUCACGUUUCUCCUCUGCCAAACGGGGCUCCUCCUCUCGCUGCUGCUGCUACCCUGGGCGGUGCUCUACUUCUGGCUGCUCUGGUCGCACCACUACGAGCGCCUCAAGGUGGCAGUCAAGGCGGCUGUGCGCAUCGAGCAGAUCAUGGCACAGACCAUGCCCGAGGCAGAGACUGCCCACUGGGCAUCAGUGCUGCUCUCCAAGGCGUGGCCGCUCUUCCUCAACGAUCUGGUUUCCAGCAAGCUUCUGCCGAAAGUCGCUCCCUGGUUCCUCUCCCGAUACAUGCCACCCAUGCUGGCGAAGGUGGAGAUAGUAAAGGCCAACUUCGGCGACACAGCGCCUGUCAUCACAUCAAUCAAGGCGUUCAGGGAAGGAGGAGGGCGGAACCACGUGGAGCUGGAGGCGAGCAUGGAGAUGGUGUGUGCUGACAACAUGAGUGUUCAAGCAACAGCAUAUGUAGCUGGCAUGGCUGGCAUUCCCUGGACCACGUACAUCUCAGGGCUGCAGCUCACAGGCACGAUGCGUGUGGGGUUGCGGUUUCGAAAGUCGCUGCCGUUUGUGGAGAGAGUGACUAUUUCAUUCGCGCGGCCGCCGCAGGUGUCGUGUGCGAUCAAAGUGAUGGGCGCCCUUGAUGCUGCCAGCAUGCCGCUCGUGGCGUCCUAUGUGGACUACACCCUUCAAAACGCCAUCAAGUCGUCUCUCUGCUGGCCCAACCGCCUGGUGAUGGUGGACGUGGUGAGGGCAGCAGCCUUUGCGCUGGACCUGCCAGUGCCGCCUCCCACCCCCGAGGAGAUCAGCAUUGUCACCCCGCGAGCGGUCUCCAAGGGGAAGAGUGCCCUCUCUGCUCUUUCGAAGACAUUUCGCUCCAAGAAAGGCAAGGCUCCAGCCGUGGCAGCUGUCGCCACGCUAUUGGUCGAGGUCAUUGAGGCAAAGGAUCUCCUGGCAGCAGAUUCGGGCGGCACUUCUGACCCGUACGUGAAAGGUUCGAUCGGCGCUGCCCGGUUUCAAACCUCGGUCAUCUCGAAAAACCUCAAUCCACACUGGAACCAGAAGUUUGAGCUGCCCAUCGCGGACUGGUCGCUGCCCGAGAGCUACACCCUGGUACUGCGCGUGAAAGACUACGACAUGUUUUCAGCCAAUGACGCGAUUGGGCGGGCAGAUUUGGACGUUAGUGCGAUGAGGGGGGGUGGGAGGAAGGAGGAGUGGUUGUCUCUGGUGGAUGGCGGGAAGGGGAAGAUCCGAGUGGUCGUGGAGGUGAAGGAAGAGGGGGGGAAAGGGGCUACCGGUAGUAACGAUUCCGAUUUAGCCUCUCCUGCUGCUGCUACUGCUGCUGCUGCUGCUGGUGGUUAUGGGACUUCUGCUGCAGUGGGUGGUCGUGCCGUGGAACAAUCAGUCUCAAGUGGAUCCACGUCCAGUUUGGAUUCUCAUCCCGUGUCUCCUGCCCGCUCAGACGACCCUGCUGCUGGUGCUGCGGCCACCACAGGCGCCGCCCCCCCCUCUUCGUCUACCACCGAGGUCCCCCCCUCCCCAUCUCUCCCCACUCCCUCCUCCUCCGGCUCCAAAUCCGGCUGGUUCAAAGGCCUGGGUGGCACCAGCCGCAGCCGUGGCAGCCGCGGCAACGGCAACAGCAGCAACAGCAGCAACACCACCACCGCCACCACCACCACCGCCGCCGCCUCUCCCAAGGCUAUGCUACUCGAGGGCACCAGCAGCAGCACCACCGCUCGGCCCACCACGCCCGAGGGGAUCGUGCCCAGGUCUGCAAGCAGCAGCACGCCCAAGGGGGGCCCGCCUAGGUCCACCAGCGGCAGCUGGCCCUUCAAGACUCCCUCGCUCAGGCGCCUGGGGUCAGGGUCCGGUGCGGGGCUGGGCAUUCCGGUGGCCACUGUUCACGUGGAGGUGAUAGAGGCGGAUUCUCUGGUUGCUGCAGAUAAGACAGGUACAUCUGACCCUUACUUGAAAGGCUACCUGGGAUCUUCCAAAUUCUCCACCAAAAUAAUCUUCAAGACGCUCUGCCCACGAUGGAACGAGAAGUUUUCGCUGCCCGUGAAGGAAUGGCCCCCCACGGGCAGCCCGUUUUUGCUCAAGCUGAGAGUGUUCGACCGCGACAUGCUGACUCAGCAUGACCCCCUAGGGGAUGCCUCCCUCGAUAUAAUGCCAUUGAGAGAUGGAACAAGGCACGACCUCUGGGUGAAACUAGAGGAUGUGACUACAGGGAGGGUGCAUGUGGCUGUCACUGUGGAGGAUCACCUGGGGGAGGCGGGGAGUGAUGAGGAGGACAGCGAGUCGCUUGCAGGAAGGGAGGAGGGGGGUGAUGGAGAAGCAGUUGCUCCUGCUGCUGGCCAGUUAGCACCUGUACCAGAAACGCCUGCCCAAUCAUCAUCAUGCUCAUCCGAGAAGCUGGCCAGCAAGGCACCUGCUCUCACUACCAUUCCAUCAGGCGAACAGCUAAGUGCCAUGGCCGCCUUACCUGCGGCCACUGCCUAUGAGCCAUCAACCCAACCCCCUGUUUCACCCUCCGAUGCUGCUGCUGCUGCUGCUGCGGAUGAUUCUGCUGCCGCUGCUGGGGCGGAGGGGGGUGGAAUGGCGCAAGGGGCGGAGAGGGACGUGCCCCAGGUGUGGGUGGCGCAUGUGGAGAUAAUCGAAGCUCAGAAUCUGAUCAUUGCUGACGUGUCAGGUUACUCGGAUCCAUACGCGGUUGGCAAGCUCGGCCAAGCCACAUUCCAGACGAAGCACAUUGCCCGCACACUCAACCCCAAAUGGCACGAGGAGUUUCGGGUCCCUGUGGUAGACUGGGACCCUGACGCCACGUACCUCAGGCUUGUCGUGAAAGACUACGAUACUUUCACUACAGACGAUUCCAUUGGAGAGGCUAAGGUAAACUUGAAUGUGUUACGGGAUGGGCAGCGGCACUCAGUGUGGUUACCAUUACAGGGAGUGAAGAGCGGCAAGUUGCAUGUGGCGGUUACACUUCUGGAGCGGAAUGUGGAGUCGAAUGUUGUGGUGCACGAGCUGAUCCCCGGUUGUGUUAUUGAGUGUUAUGAUGCCAUGAAGCUUGUGCUCUAGAUUCUACAGUAGGAUUGAUGUGUGUGCAUUGUGGCAUAGGGUUUUUAACCGAAGGAACCCAUGUGGGGCUUUUAGCAUUCUUGGUGGUGUAAUAGGAACCCAUGUUCACUAUGUUAGUUUAUAAUCUUAAGGUAUUUACCC